AUGGCUGACUCCAGUUUCGUCAAGCCGGAACCAGACGACGACAAAAUCAUGCCGUCUGCGACGCCGAUGGACGAGGACGAUCCGUUCGAGGACGCUGGCGACCUGGAGUUUUACGACAAGAGCAUCCCGGGCAACAGCUCUGAAACUCUCUACCUGGCGCGCGUGCCCAAGUACAUGUGGGAUUCGUGGCUGAAGCUUGCCGAGAGGCUCGGCGACAAGGACGAAAUCCAAAUCGGCACGCUGCGCACCUGGAACGAGCCGCAGCCCGACGCCUCGGUCGAAGGCGGCACGAGGGACGUGACCAAGCUUCGGAUGCUGCUCAAUUCCAACUGCCCCGAGCACCAGGUCAUUCCUCGCGAAUACGAUCUCGAAAUCCUAGAUCGCGAUGUCAAGAACCACUUCAUCUUCAGCGAGGAAGACCUCCCGGGGUACAAGAUCAAGAACAAAGCCCGUGCCGAUGCCGCCGCCGCCGGCAUUCCCCAGUUCCUGUUGCGGCAAAGGCAAAACCAGGGUGUGGAGAGGACGGAGCGCUCGUUUGAUCGAAGAAGCAGAUACCAACCCUACUACCGCAAGGCUAUUCCAAAACGCACAAAAAUCUUUGGCAAGAUACACUACGACGUUCGCGUUGAACCCCGAAACAUCCAGGAGGAGGAGCGGCUGCUGGCCAAGCGCAUCUUCGACGCUGAGCAUUCAAAAUCGAAACUUCAAAUCAUCAGCAGAAACAGCGCCUCGUCCAUCAUCAACCCAGGCACUGCGGGCUCGGCAACCUGGGGCGGAAACUUCAUUAAAAAUGCGGCACCCAUUGUUAAGGCGAGGAAGGGUGAGGUGCUCAAGGCUGCCCGCAUUCCCAAGAACCAGCUCUUGGAUCUCAUGUUUGACUGCUUCCGCCAGUAUCAGUACUGGUCCAUGAAGGCUCUGCGGCAGAAGCUGCAGCAGCCAGAUUCCUAUCUCCGGCAGGUCCUCGAAGAAGUGGCCGUGCUGCACAAGAGCGGCCGCUUCGCAAAUCACUAUGGACUCAACGACGCCUACAAAGACAAAGGUGGCAGCGAGGCCAAGGAGGAAGCCGCGGAAGCCGCCGACGAUGGAGACGAGGAUGAAAACGAAGAGAUGGAAGACGUUUUACCGGCAUAG